AUGUUGUCACUGCAUCUUGAGGACAAUGAUAUAAAGUAUAUUGAACAAAAUAUAUUUCAGGAUGUCAAUGUAAGAAAUUUAGACUUUGAUGGGAACACAAACUUUCGUAAUUAUAACUUUCAAACAUUGUUGAGAAGUCUACAAAAUAAAACAGUACGCAGUUUACUCCUAAAUGGAUGUGGUAUCGUAAUUGAGCGUUUCACAGCGAGCAUACUACAACCUCUUCAAAAUUCAAGCUUGGCAGAACUCCAAAUAGGAGAUAACACAAUCGAGACAUUCGAGGGGGAUGCAUUUGAGCAUGUUGACUCUUUAAUUGCAUUGAGGAUAUCUAACUUUAUGUAUAUAUCACACUUUACAUUAAAACCACUAAAAAAACUUAACCAAAUGAUUAUUGCAGAUAUGCCAGAGGUCUAUUACAAGCAACUUGCGAUUAUUGAUCUUAAUGAAAUGGAUCUUAUAGUUCUUGAAAUAUCAAAAAUAAAUACCCAUAGAGUAUUUUUUCUUUUUGGCAAUCUAACAAAGUUGAAAUCAUUAAGUUUAGCAAACAUGGGAUUUGUUUUUAUUCCAAAUUACUAUUCACAGGUUUUGGAUUUACUAGGAAAAAGUGGUAGACCAUUUACUUUUACAGAUAUAAAUUUAUCAGGAAAUUUGAUGUUCCAACUAUCAAGUGAAAAACUGUGUUCCUUGUUUUGGGGAAUUAAAGUUACACAUUUGUAUUUGCAAGACAACUUUUUCACAGCACUGCCAACAUGCAUGUUUCAAAAUUCAGACAUCAACAAACUUUUUUUAAACCGAAACAGAAUAACACAUGUUCAAAGUGAUUUAUUCAAGAAUCAAGGGGACAUUGCACUAAUAGAUCUAUCUCAAAAUGCAAUUCAAUCAAUAGAUGGCAAUGCUUUUGCUAAUAUCUUUAAUGCUUUCGUCAUUGAAGUCAAAAUAGAUAACAAUUUGCUGGCAUGUAAUUGUGAAAUCAGACCUUUUAGAAAUUGGUUAAAAUACAACAAUUAUCGCAACCUUGAAUAUGAUGAAUUUUGCAAAUCACCAAAUAAAAGAAUAAAAGAAAAACUUCUCCAUUUUGAAAUAACAUGGCUAGAAUGUAACAAAGAUUUUUUCAUAAAACUAUGUGCUAUUUCUGGCAGUUGUUUUCUUAUAACAGUGAUUCUGAUAGCGACAUUAUUAAAAUAUUUCUGGAAAGAUAUUAAAUACAAAAGAAUGGUAUGGAAAGCUAAGCAUCAUAACCAUGUAAUCCCUGCCAAUGAUGAAGAAAUCUAUGAUGCAUUUGUUAGUUAUCAUUCAGAGAAAAGAAUCUGGGUAAAUCAGGUUAUGACACGAGAACUGUGUGAAGGGGAUCUGGACUUCUCAUUGAUACAUGAUGAUAACAUUAUCCCAGGCCAAGAAUCAUACUUUAGUGGAAUCAUGACCCACAUGGAUCGUAGUCGCCACAUAAUCUUCUUGGUCACACGGGGUUGGAUGAAAGAGGGCUGGAACGAAUUUGAAAUGAAUGCAGCCAUUGAUAUGCUGAGCCAGAGCAAGCGACACACUCUCAUAGUGAUACUGAUGGAGAAUAUUCCACAGAAAGAGAUGUCAGGGGAACUCAGACUUAUGGUGAGAAAUAAUGUUUGUCUAAAAUGGAGUGAGGAAGAUGGAAAACAACAAAGAUUUUGGAGGGAUCUUAAACUUGAACUAGGGAAGAAAAAGUUCCAUGUGAUGUAAGUUUGUACUCUCGAUCAAAAUGUAUACAUAAUCAUAUGUAUAAAAUGAACAUUAUUAUACCAUAAUCAAAAAGGCACAGUUCUUAGAUGAUG